CUUGCACCGGGUAAAGAUCCCCACACAAAAUAUCCUGCUUGCAAUAACGCGAUAACGUGUGAUAAGUUCCGAGUUUAACCGACUUAUAAACAUUAUUUUUUAUUUAAGUGAAGUUUAAAUAUUGGGUUCUUCACAAGAGGAUUUCAUUUUAUAUCAAAAUUUCAAAACUAUGCAGGAUAUUUUUUUGCCAAGAUGCUACUUAACAACAUAUGAAAUGUGUUGAUUGUGUAGUAAUUAUAAGACUUUAAAAUGAACGAGACGGACAGCAAAAGGAUAUGCGAUGAGAAAAACAACAAUACCUUUUUGGAUGGUUUGGGCUGUCCAGGAAGAUUUGACGGUUGGUCCUGCUGGCCACCGACUCUUGCAGGGGAAGUGGCAAAGCAGCCCUGCCCAGAUUUUAUACGAGGAUUUGAACCUGCAAACUUCGUCUAUUAUAAAUGUGAAGAUGAUGGAAGCUGGAUAUUCAAUGUGGAGAAAAAUUAUAGUUGGGUGGACUACAAUACCUGUGUAAACUUGGAGGAUCUUAAUUUUCGAACAAACAUAACUAUCAUAAACUCCGUGGGAUAUGGAAUUUCAUUUCUGGCUCUUCUAGUUUCAUUAGCCCUGCUGUUUUAUUUUAAGUCUUUACGAUGCGCCCGCAUUCUCAUCCACAUGAAUUUAUUCACCUCCUUCGCAGUUAAUAGCUUUUUGUGGCUCGUUUGGAAUUCACUGUUGCUAAAUGAGCCCGAAAUACUACAAAACAACUCGAUCUGGUGCAUACUAUUCAACAUAAUACUGCAGACCUUUCUGAUUUCAAAUUAUUCAUGGAUGUUAUGCGAGGGUCUAUAUCUGCACACCGUUCUUGUUUGGGCCUUCAUAUCGGAAACGCGCCUGUACAAAGGUAUGUUGGUCAUCGGAUGGGGUAUACCUUUUCUGGAAACGAUUGUCUAUGUUUCCGCGAGAGCAUCUUUGGGGGAGGAAAAGGAUCUUAAAGAGUGUUGGUCCAAAGAAACAUCUUUCGACAUAAUUAAACAAGUUCCUGUUGCUGGCACAAUUAUCCUUAACUUGUUGUUCCUGUUAAACAUUGUUAGAGUAAUGAUAACAAAGUUAAAUAGUGGUCCAGGACACGAUUCUGGAUCCUCUAGAUCUUCUUUACAAGCUCUAAGAGCCACUCUUUUGUUGUCUCCACUUUUUGGCAUAACGUAUUUGCUUAUACCACAUCGUCCGACCGCGGGCAGCCCUUGGGAACACACUUAUGAAUACAUUUCAACCAUCACCGCCUCUUUACAGGGCCUUUGUGUCGCAAUUUUAUUCUGCUUCCUUAAUGGAGAGGUCCAGGCUCAAGUAAAAAGAAAAUGGAGGAUAGCAAUGUUCAGACCGAGAGCCAGUUCGUGUACUGUAACCACCGUGUCGGUACGUAAGUUCGUCAGAUCAACUUAUCCAGCGAAUGGCGAAGAAAAGGUAUGACUAGGGGCCCUAGGCCGUAGGGCCUCGCACUGGAUAAAUUCUCGCCGCACUUCAACCGUAAAAACUGCGGAAGAAAAUGCGCAAGUUUAGAAUUGAGGUGUUUAAACAUUUACGACUGUAUGUUCUCUAGCAAUACUUAAGAAAAAUAUUUGCAUUUUGUUCCAAUAUUUUCUUUGCAAACACAACGAGAGGGUUAAAUCCAAUCUACUAACAUUGCACCAAUAAUAGCCGGUUUUGUUUUUUUACUUCCUUCGAGAAUAGCAAAAAACGAGUAAACGUGAUAUAUCUUGAAAAUCUUAAUUUUGUGAAUUUUUUGAUAAAAGGAUUUAAAAAUUCUACAUAGAACGUGUUCUGUAAUGCAAUUAACUAAUUAUAUUUUUUGCAAAAGUAUUAAAUUACAAUUUUAAUUACACUACCUACAUCAUAGGAUAAUAACCAAGCGUAAUUUUAAAAUGCAAAUAAUUUUUAUCUUUACGAUAAGUUAAGGCUUCGUUGUGUUUUUAAAACCUAUGUACU